AUGCUGGAGCGGCGGCAGCGGCGAAUGGUUGUACUGGCGGCACAGCCUAAUUUGAGGGAGACCCCGAUAUUUGAUCCCUUAAUUCAAGUUCCUUCCCUGCAGGAUGCAGCUGCUGUCGACAAAGAGGAGACAAUGGUGGUGGAGGACUCACCAAAAGAAAUGCAGAAAUGUUGUUACUUACCGGAACAUCACAGAUGCUUGCUUUUCAGUGGAAAGGAACAAUUUGGUGCUCAAAACCAAGAAAAAUGUAGAACAACUCAACCUUCUGAAACUCUUCACAGACAUGCUUUCUGCUUCAUCACUAUGAUUUUGAUCAUAGUAAUAAUAGUGGUUCCACUUUCUGUUACUUUGACAGUAAGAAAAGAAAGAACAGUCUCAGAAGUGCCUGUGCAACUCGCCUGCCCACUGCCGUGGAUUGGAUUUGGAAACAAGUGCUUUUAUUUUUCUGAAGAAACAGAGAACUGGACAUUCAGCAGGACUGUCUGUGACUCAUUGGGAGCUCAUCUUGUUCAGAUUGACACCUCAGAGGAACUCAUUUUCCUGAGAAGAUACAAAGGCCCCGGUGACCAUUGGAUAGGCCUUCACAGGGAACCACCAAGUCAAUCUUGGAAAUGGAUAAAUACUACUAGUGACAACAUGGUGUUUCAGGUCAGCGGAACUGGGGAAUGUGCCUACUUGAAUGACAACGGCGUGAGCAGUGCCAGGAUUUACUCAGACAAAAAAUGGAUUUGUAGCAAACCCAAUGUCUCCACCUGUCCAAUUGCUUCAAACUCAUGAGCAGAAAAGCUGCAUUGUGCUUGUUAUCUACAGUUGCUGAAUGC